AUGCACGCCACCAUCGACGCCCUGCGCACUGCAUCCACUCUUCCCGCCAAGCAGCGCGGAGAAAAGGUCAACGCCGUCGUCGAUGCCGUCUGCAGUCAUGCAUACCAGCAUGGCCUCAGCCGCGACCACCUGCAGAGCAUUGUCGCCAUCGUCACGCGCCGCAACCACCUUGAUCAGACCUCGUUGACCAAUCUUAUCAAAAACCUGUACCCUGCCGACAGAGUGUCGUCCGACAUUGUACUUGCUAUUGUUGGCUCCCUCGGCCACGGCCAGGCCAAACCCUCAGCCGCCACCCAGGCUGCAUUGCUGAAGUGGAUCAUUGCUGUCAUCGACGCCCUUCAAGAUGCAACCGUGCUGUCCAAGCUUUAUGGCGUUUUGUUCAACAUGCUGGAUACGAUGACUCUCCGAACUCCGCUUUGCCAUUUGCUGUCCUUGAUCACGCGUCGCAAGCAUGUUCGCCCGUUCCGCAUCCAACAACUGUUGGAGAUGGUCCGCGGAAGUGGACAAGAUCCCGCCUUGGUGGGCCUACUUCGGGUUUACAAGGACUAUUACCCGGAAAUUAUCGUGGGCAACGCUGCCUCAGGUCGCACAUCGUUUGCGAGCGCAGCCCAAGACGAGUGGCGUCAAAGACUCCAGGUUAUCCAGGACGCCAACGCUGACAGCAACGAACAGCUCUAUGCUCAGCAGGAUGGCUUCAAGGUCAUCCGACGUGGAGCGAAACGAGCCAAGGCUUCCAUUCUGCCUGAUGUACACACCUCCUAUGCAAACGAAAAGUCUGUAACACUCGAGGAGGUUAAUAGUGCCGACGGGCUGGUCAAGAAUCUGGAACGAAUUGAGCUGCCAAACCAGUUGCUGGCGUCCUUCAAGGAUCCUCUUUUGCAGAAGUACCUCAUACUUAAGCCUUCUGAUACAGCUGCACGUAGGCUAGAGCUUUGGUUGGAGAGUUAUCUUCGAGAGACCCUAGAGACCAUUUCCAGUGGCACCAAGAAUCCUGAUCAUUUUGAUGAGUUGCUCGAUGGCAUGUUGAACUACACAAAAGCUACGAAGGUCCUUUUACCCACUGGCCAAGAUUUUCUAAAGUCAUAUCUUCCAUUCUGGGAUGGCUGGUCGAAUUCAGAGUCAAUCCUUGGUCUGCUAGCUUAUGUCCCUAUGCAGGACUUCAAAGAAUUCAAAGCUUCAUACCUCAACCCAGCCGAAGCAGCAAUAGUCACAAGCGGUACGGUUGAUGCCUACGACCGCCUUGUCACCUUCUACACAGCCUUAGUUCAGAACUGGAACCACGCUGCCAAUACCAGUAGACCAGACUCCGGAGAUGCCGCCAACGACCUAAUCACAUCCACCGACUUCACUGGCCUAACUACUCACAUAUCCAACACCAUCCUGUCCCUUCUAACCUCACAAUCACACACCCCUAUAUCAACGACAACCACCAUCCUCACCUACUACACUACCCUCUCCACGCUCUCCUCUGGCCUCACCCCGCUCACCAUCCCCACCGCACCCACCCUCUACACCCUCCUCUUCCAACCUUCCCUCGCCACCCUCUCCCAACUCUGCACCCUCCUCGCGACCUACAAACGCGCCUUCGAAGCCGACCUGCAAGACCACACGACCACCGCCGCCAACCUCCCGCGUGCCGUCACCAACGCCUUCAACGGCUACCUGAUGGACGUAGCCAACCUGCUCUGGCGGUCGCGCGCCCUCACCUCGACCGACCCCAACGCCAUGGCCUGCCUGUGCGCGCCGGGCGUCGCCGCUGCCUUGCACGCCUACAUCUCGACCACGCUUCCGCCCGUGCUGAUCCCGUCCGCGAACGACAACACCACCGCCCCCGCUCCCGGCACCGGCCCCGACUACACCCUCGCCGCCCUCUUCGGCCUACCGCACAACGCCCUCACCGCGCCCCUCGCCCGCGCCGCUUUCCGCGACCUAGAAGACGCGCACCACGGGACUAGUGGCAGCAGUAAUGCGCCCAGACAUCCCCCGGGACCCGUCACCCAGCGCACCCUCCACCGCCUCGCCCGUGCAGGCAACAAUGGCAAUGGUAAUGGAAACGGGAACGGUGGAGGUGCCGCAGGAGGUGGUGGAGGCGGACUCGAGCUUAGCUGGAAGGCGUACCGCGUGUGCGUGCUCGAGUGGCUGGCCGAGCGCGGCGUGCGCGGGCUACGGGACUUCAUGUUCGUCACCAUGAAGGACCUGAUGAAGGAGUCUGCUGCUGCUGCCGCCGCCGCGGCCAAGACGGGAGCUACUACUACCACGGCGACGGCGUGA